AUGCCGCAACCACGACAGAGGUCGUCAGACAUCUUCCGCACGGUACGUCCGGCGGUGCUCGGCAUCGGACGAAUUCUCACGCUCGGCUACUCGACUGUCUCGGCCGCACCGCUUUCGAUUCGAACUCACAAUGAAGAGCCUCCUCAGGCCGAGGGCAGUGCUCUUUGGGUGCUCUACAUAGUGUCCAUGGUGCUUGUCCUCGCUGGUGGUGCCUUUGCCGGCUUGACUAUUGCGUUGAUGGGCCAGGACAGCAUUUACCUCCAGGUUAUCUCGCAGGAUCGCGAAGAGCCCCAGCGCAAGAAUGCCAAGCGCGUGUACGACCUGCUCAAGAAGGGAAAGCACUGGGUUCUGGUGACACUCCUGCUGUCCAAUGUUAUCGUCAACGAAACGCUGCCCGUUGUGCUGGACAGGUGUUUUGGUGGCGGUGUUGCAGCCGUCGUUGGUAGUACCGUCUUGAUCGUCAUCUUCGGUGAAGUCCUGCCCCAGUCCAUUUGUGUCCGCUACGGCCUUCAGAUCGGUGGCUACAUGUCGAAACCCGUACUUAUGCUGAUGUGGGCAAUGUUCCCUAUCGCUUGGCCCACUGCCAAACUUCUGGACUGGCUCUUGGGCGAGGAUCAUGGCACAGUUUACAAGAAGAGCGGUCUCAAGACUUUGGUUACCCUGCAUCAAUCACUAGGCGAAGCCAGUGAGAGACUAAACGAAGAUGAGGUCACCAUCAUCAGCGCCGUCCUUGAUCUCAAGAGGAAGCCAGUUGAAGAAGUUAUGACGCCUAUGGACGAUGUUUUGAUUCUCUCAGAGGACACUAUCCUGGAUGAGAGGAUUACCACGCAAGUUUCAGAGGCAGGAUUCUCCCGCAUCCCCAUCCACAAGGCUGGCAACACGAAUGACUUUGUCGGGAUGCUACUCGUCAAGAUGCUCAUUACAUAUGAUCCUGAAGACGCCAAAAGAGUUAGAGACUUUGCUUUGGCUGCCCUGCCCGAAACUCGCCCGGAGACGAGCUGCUUGGAUAUCCUCAAUUUCUUCCAAGAGGGAAAGUCGCACAUGGUUAUGAUCUCUGAGUACCCCGGCGAAGCUCAUGGUGCGCUGGGAGUUGUGACGCUUGAGGAUGUUAUCGAGGAACUCAUUGGAGAGGAAAUUAUCGAUGAGUCGGAUGUCUAUGUUGAUGUUCACAAGGCGAUCCGUCGAAGCCAUCCUGCACCCAAGGCUCGAGUCCAGCGUAAAGAUGUCAUGGUUAAAGAUGCCGCUGUUAAGGAUGGAAAGUUGAUUGACCUAGAAGAGGACGCGGAUGAAGAAAGGGAACUGCAAAAGAGUCGCACUGCUUCUAUCAGCGGCCGCAAUGCGUCGCCAUCCAUCCUCUCUAGCAGCCCCAGGACUACUCUCCUUAUGCGACGCAGCUCCACUGGUCAAGAUGGCAAGCUAGUGCGCACCACUGUUCCAGUGAAGGCCAACUUUGACGAUCUGAAGGGUCAUUUGAAGCACCUCGGCCCGUCCAAUCCGGCCUCCAAUCCCAAGAGUACAAAGGUUACAUCGGUCAAGAUUAAGCCAGGUGGUGGCAACACACGUUCUGGGUCGGUAGCGACUGAAGCGCCUGAAAACGGUGACCUUAACGGCGUCAACGAGCGAACAAGUCUGCUUAGACCUGAGCAGAACGGCCAGUCAGGCGGAGACAAGAGCCCUUUUCCCAGCUACACGACGCCAUCCGAAUCACCCGCACCUGAAACCCAAGACCCGCCAAAGCUCCUGAUUACCCCCGACCCAGAGGAUCCCGGUAAAGAGCCCGCAGCUGAAAUCAAGACUGUUGCUAGUAAUGCGUCGUUGGCUGGCUCAUCCAAGAGCAUAGUCUCUACGAACGAUGCUAGCAUGUCGACAAUUGAACGGCAGCGCGCCAAGAGAGGUUAUGUGCGCAGUGGCAGUAUAACUGAAAUCGAGGUCAACACUGGCGGCGUCCGAAAAUUCGUUCUCGAGGCAACUAGCUCUGGUGAAGAUGAAGCGGCCGAGAGUAGCAAGACUAGUCCUACAUCGCCAUCAAAGCCUCUCCCAGCGGUAGAAGAAGACAAGCAAGCCGAGAACAAUGAUGCUGCAGAAGACGAAGCAGAGUCACCAAAGAUCGGCGGCCCAAGCCAGGGCCAGGGGCAGUCGUCUGGCAAGAAGAAGAACAAGAAAAAGAAGAAGAAGGGUGGCAAAUAA